AUGUCCAUAACUGCAACGCCACUAACUCCAACCAUGUCAAACACUGCAACCAUACCUACUAAAACCAUGUCAGACACUGAGACAACACCUACUACAACCAUGUCAGACACUGAGACUACACCCACUACAGCCAUGUCAGUCACUGAAACUACACCUACUACAACCAUGUCAGACACUGAAACUACACCUACUACAACCAUGUCAGACACUGAGACUACACCUACUACAGCCAUGUCAGACACUGAGACUACACCUACUACAACCAGGUCAGACUCUGCGACUACACCUACUAAAACCAUGUCAGACACUGAGACUACGCCUACUAUAACCAUGUCAGACACUGAGACUACACAUACUACAACUAUGUCAGACACUGAGACUGCACCUACUACAACCAUGGCAGACUCUGAGACUACACAUACUACAACCAUGUCAGACACUGAGACUACACAUACUACAACCAUGUCAGACACUGAAACUACACCUACUACAACCAUGUCAGACACUGAGACUACACCUACUACAACCAUGUCAGACACUGAGACUACACCUACUACAACCAUGUCAGACACUGAGACUACACCUACUACAACCAUGUCAGACACUGAGACUACACCUACUACAACCAUGUCAGACACUGAGACUACACCUACUACAACCAUGUCAGACACUGAGACUACACCUACUACAACCAUGUCAGACACUGAGACUACACCUACUACAACCAUGUCAGACACUGAGACUACACCUACUACAACCAUGUCAGACACUGAGACUACACCUACUACAACCAUGUCAGACACUGAGACUACACCUACUACAACCAUGUCAGACACUGAGACUACACCUACUACAACCAUGUCAGACACUGAGACUACACCUACUACAACCAUGUCAGACACUGAGACUACACCUACUACAACCAUGUCAGACACUGAGACUACACCUACUACAACCAUGUCAGACACUGAGACUACACCUACUACAACCAUGUCAGACACUGAGACUACACCUACUACAACCAUGUCAGACACUGAGACUACACCUACUACAACCAUGUCAGACACUGAGACUACACCUACUACAACCAUGUCAGACACUGAGACUACACCUACUACAACCAUGUCAGACACUGAGACUACACCUACUACAACCAUGUCAGACACUGAGACUACACCUACUACAACCAUGUCAGACACUGAGACUACACCUACUACAACCAUGUCAGACACUGAGACUACACCUACUACAACCAUGUCAGACACUGAGACUACACCUACUACAACCAUGUCAGACACUGAGACUACACCUACUACAACCAUGUCAGACACUGAGACUACACCUACUACAACCAUGUCAGACACUGAGACUACACCUACUACAACCAUGUCAGACACUGAGACUACACCUACUAAAACCAUGUCAGACACUGAGACUACACCUACAACAACCAUGUUAGACACUGAGACUACACCUACUACAACCAUGUCAGACACUGAGACUACACCUACUACAACCAUGUCAGACUCUGAGAUUACACCUACUACAACCAUGUCAAACACUGCAACCACACCUACUACAACCAUGUCAGACACUGAGACUACACCUACUACAACCAUGUCAGACUCUAAAACGACACUUGUAGCUAAACCCUAUCCAAAUUCAACCGCUCAAAACACAACAACCACGCGCACUACAACAACCACUCCAACUACUACAACAACGCCAAUUACUACAACUCCCCCUACAACUACUACAACAACUACGACAAAAAAUAAAACCAAUCCCACUAAUACAACUUCCGCUACAAUAUCCAACCCCAUAACUACAACUUCCACUACAAAAACCAACCCCAUAACUACAACUACCACUACAAUUACCAACCCCAUGACUAUAACUGUCGAUACAACAAUCAAGCCUCUCACAAAAACAGCCAAUACCACAAGUACAACUAACCUUACAACAAGCAAUACAUCCACAACAAAUCCCACUAUUAUUACUACUAAUACGGCAACUGAUUUCGGUACUGCAACUCCCACAACAACAACCGAUCCCGAUGCUACAACUCCCAAUAAAAUAAACAAUCUAACAACAGCAACUCCAACUUCAACAACUUAUCCCACUUACACAACUUCCAGCGCAAUAUCAAAUCUCAAUACUACCUCACCCCUUACAACAAGCAACCCCACUACUCUAACUCAAACUUCAACAUCAAAUCCCGCUAAUACAACUCCGACUACAACUAGUAAUCCUAUUAAUGCAACUCCCGAUUCAACAACCAAUCAUACCACUAUCAUAAACGAUCCCAUUGCUACAGCUGUCAAUGCAACAACCGAUCCUGAUACUACAACUCCCAGUAUAACCACCGAUCCCAUACUUAAAACUUCCACUUCAACAACAAAUUCCACAUAUACAACUCCAAAUUCAACAACCAAUCCCUCUUCAACAACUAUCAAUACAGAAACUGAACCCAGUAGUACACCUCCCACAACAACAAUCAAUGCAACAACUAUAUCUCCCUUUAUAACAUUCGAUCCAACUGCUACAACUCCCACCACAACAGGCAAUCCACCUACUUCAACUCCCACUACAACAACCAAUUCCUCUACCGCAACUCCCACUACAACAACCAAUCCCUCUACCACAACACCCACUACAACAACCAAUCCCUCUACCACAACUCCCACUGCAACAACCAAUCCUUCUACCACAACUCCAACUACAACAACCAAUCCCGCUACUACAAAUUCCUCUACAACAUCUACGUCCCAAACAAGCACGCAUAAAACAACAACCACAACACAGCUUAAUCCAACCACGUCCACUAUCACAACCACGCCAAUUAUAACAACCUUAAACACGGCUAAAUAUAUUCGAAAUGUCUCUCAUUCUAAAUUCCUAUUUGAUCUAUUGACAACAAUAAACGAUUUAGAAAGGAAUGAUAAUGAUAUGAAUAAUACUACAACUGCUGUUUUAGAAAAUACAACUGAUAAUGUAAACACAGCUACCAUGCAACCAUCUUCCAUGCCAACCACAAUAAAAACUACAGAUACUAUCAAGCUCAAUACUACGAAUACAUCUACUAUGGCAACCAAUCCCACUGCUACAACAUUUCCUACUUCAACAACCACGCCCACUACCUCAACUCCAGCUACAACAACCAAUCCAUCUACCACAACUCCCACUACAACAAUCAAUCCCUCUACCACAACUCCCACUACAACAACCAAUCCCUCUACCACAACUCCCACUGCAACAACCAAUCCCUCUACCACAACUCCCACUACAACAACCGCGCCCACUACAAUUACAACAACAUUCAUUCAUACCUUUUCAUCAACAAUUACACCGACUAUUAACACAAAGUCCUCUAAUGCAACCAUCUUCACUAUUGCAGCGCCACAUGAGGCUUUAACCACAACCAAGUCAAAUAAAGCGAACAUAUCGAACAUCAACCCUACUGUCAACACAAAAACCACUGCAACUAAUACGACCAUGUCUAGCACUACGUUCACACCCAAGACAACAACCAUUGGCACUGAUUCACCCCUAUUGACUCAUUCAUCAACGGACACCAUCACGUCCUCGCCGUUUAUUACAACCACGCAUACGCCUAUUCCAAGUAUCUCUCAUUCUAUACUUCUACCUGGUGUACUAACAACAGAGCUAGAAAGUACAGCGGAAAAAGCGGAUGACUUGAAAAAUACAACAAGUGCUGUUUUUCAAGACACUUUUGAUGAUGUAGUUAAAUCAACGACCGGACAGCCAGCAACUAUGUCUGCUUCAAAUAUACUGACUGAUGCAAUCACGCCAACUAUUACAAUUUCAUCCAACAUUACAAACACGUUCCGUACGUCCACACCACAUGUAGCCACAGCCACUUCAGCUGCAAUAACCACGCCUAUCAUAGUAACCAAGACAAAUACGACCAUGAUGUCAAAUACUUCAACCUCGACUAAUGUAAUAAGCACACCUUCAAUUACAACGAGGCCAGUUACUAACGUACCAAGCAUGGUGGAUACAGCUUUGGAAAGUCCCAACGUAUCGAGUACGAUGGACAAAGCGAAGACAAAUUUGGUUGACAAAGAAAUAUCCAACCUCCAUGUACAAAUAGCAGUCAACAACUUAAAAUCAAACCACCAGGGAACAGCCAACAAAAUGAUAACAAAUCACAACCUACUAAGUACAGUUAACAGAUACAGCGAAAGGAGUGAGUACAAAUCACCACAUACCAAGAACAGCCGCCAAAGUGAGGACAAAUCACCACGUACCAAGUACAGCGAACAGGUUGAUUACAAAUCACCACGUACCAAGUACAGCGAACAGGGUGAGUUCAAAUCACCACGUACCAAGUACCGCGAACAGAGUGAGUACAACUCAUCACGUACCAAGUACAGCGGACAAAGUGAGUACAAAUCACCACGUACCAAGUACAGCGAACAGGUUGAUUACAAAUCACCACGUACCAAGUACAGUGAACAGGGAGAGUUCAAAUCACCACGUAUCAAGUACAGCGAACAAAGUGGGUACAAAUCACAACGUACCAAGUACAGCGAACAGGGUGAGUUCAAAUCACCACGUACCAAGUACCGCGAACAGAGAGACGAACAGAGUGAAAACAAAUCACAACGUACCAAGUACAGCGAACAGAGUGAAAACAAAUCUCAACGUACCAAGGACAGCGAACAGAGCGAAAACAAAUCACAACGUACCAAGUACAGCGAACAGAGUGAAUACAACUCAUCACGAAUCAAGUACAACGAACAGAGUGAGUACAAAUCACCAUGUACCAAGUACAGCGAACAGAGUGACGAAAAGAGUGAGUACAAAUCACCACAUACCAAGUACAGCCGCCAAAGUGAGGACAAAUCACCACGUACCAAGUACAGCGAACAGGUUGAUUACAAAUCACCACGUACCAAGUACAGCGAACAGGGUGAGUUCAAAUCACCACGUAUCAAGUACAGCGAACAAAGUGAGUACAAAUCACAACGUACCAAGUACAGCGAACAGGGUGAGUUCAAAUCACCACGUACCAAGUACCGCGAACAGAGUGAGUACAAAUCACCACGUACCAAGUACCGCGAACAGAGUGAGUACAACUCAUCACGUACCAAGUACAGCGGACAAAGUGAGUACAAAUCACCAAGUACCAAGUACAGCGAACAAAGUCAGUAA